GGCUCUCCAGCUCUUAACCCUCGCACAAGGGCGCCCGGGCCACUGGGUCCCGCGGAGCGAGCGAGUGGUCAUCGCGGAGCCGCAGCGCGCGCGUCCCGUCCCGAGGCCGUCGCCAGCUCGUCGGCAUGGCCCCCGCAGCGGCUUCGGGUGGCAGCACCCUGCCCAGUGGCUUUUCGGUCUUCACCACCUUCCCCGACUUGCUCUUCAUCUUUGAGUUUGUCUUCGGGGGCCUGGUGUGGAUCCUGGUGGCCUCCUCGCUGGUGCCCAUCCCCCUGAUCCAAGGCUGGGUGAUGUUCGUGUCUGUGUUCUGCUUCGUGACCACCACUACCCUGCUCGUCCUGUAUAUAAUUAAUGCCCACGGUGGGGAGACAUCCUGGGUCACGCUGGACGCAGCCUACAACUGUGUGGCUGCCCUGUUUUACCUCAGCGCGUCAGUCCUGGAAGCCCUGGCCACCAUUCUCACACGUGACGGUUACACCUACAAGCAGUACCACGAAAACAUCUCGGCCGUGGUGUUUUCCUACGUAGCCACUUUGCUGUACGUGACCCAUGCUGUGUUCUCUUUAAUCAGAUGGAAGUCUUCAUAAAGAGGCAGAUUUGAGCUAGAAACCCAGAAUGGUGUUAACUCCUCAGCCUGUCUUCCAGCCUAACUUUCUAGAAUGCAGACACGCUCUCCAUGAUGGAAAAAAAGGAAACAAACCAAAAGGAAAAAAGAAAAGGCCACACUGUUUCUGCAGUAGCGUGUUUAUCCUCCUAUGCCUUUGCCUCAGGGCUUGGGGGCUUGCUGUGUUUAACCUCCAACUGCUGAGCUGUCUUUCUAGAGUCACUUCCUGUCUGUGAAAGGGGCCAAUGGGUGUGGGACAUAACCUGUGACAGAAGCAACAGUCCCCUGCUGACCCCCGGACCACAGCUUGAGAAGCACCUUCUGGAAUAUUCCACAGGCUCUUUUGAGCACACCACUGAGGGCAUGUUUCUGUCUCCAUGGAUGUUCUGCAUGUCACAGGGACUGAUACUCACCCAACUGAGGUUUCCAAAUGUCCAUGGUGGAAGAUGAUAACCCUUGGGAAUACUUUAUAAAGUGCUUUUAUGUUCAAUA